GCUAGGUACACAAAGAUGAAGACAGCAACAACAGCUAUAUUUUUGAAUUUGGCUCGGGCAGAUGCUCUCGGUACCAGCAGACAAGCCUUUCCAAGGACUGAGUAGGUAAUGAACUCUUGGCCAUUUGGGGAUGUGCCGGUAAUUGUCAUGUCAAGUGACUAACGAUAACAGUUUACCAGCAAAUUCACCCUGACCAUGAGGAGUGGUGAUCGACAUUGCUGUCUGUCACCCCGGAAGGCACUAGACUCGACUCCUCUGAGGCAAAGAUAAUCAAUAGUGUGUAGCUGGCUCUUAUCAUCAUCGGUGUGAAUGUCCUCUGGUGUGUAUGGGGGCAGCUGGAACAAUACAGACACAGCAAGUACUGAAUGUUCUUUGCAGUUUCCAGAUGAUGACUAUGAGUGGUGGGACAUUUUUAUGAAAAUUUGUGUCUUUGUCUUUGCAUUUAUUAUACCAGUGCUAAUUAUAGUUGUUUGCUAUACUCUGAUGAUUAUGCGCUUGAAGAGUGUAAGACUUUUGUCGGGAUCGCGAGAAAAAGACCGAAACCUCCGUCGCAUCACCAGAUUGGUGCUUGUUGUGGUUGCAGUUUUCAUUAUCUGCUGGACCCCAAUACACAUUUUUGUAUUAGUUGAAGCUCUUGGAGAUGUGUCCCAUAGUACUGCAGCCAUUUCUAGCUAUUAUUUCUGCAUUGCAUUAGGUUACACCAAUAGCAGUCUAAAUCCUAUCCUGUAUGCUUUUCUGGAUGAAAAUUUCAAGCGGUGUUUCAAAGAUUUCUGCUUUCCUUUCAAGACAAAGACAGAUAGACAGAGCACCACCAGAGUUCGAAGUGCUAUUCAAGAACCUGUCUAUACCAGGGAUGCUGAUGGUACAAACAAGCCAGUAUGACUAGUCGUGGAAAUGUCAUCUUACUGUUCUCCUGGCCAAGAAGUAUCCAAUGAUCUUGGACUAACCCAAAUAACCAGCGCAGUGUGAAAUGGCCAGUAAUAGACCUGUAAGGAAUCCUGUAGUUUGAACUGAUAUAUGAGCAUCGCUUCAUAAUAAGGAUCUCUUCACAUUUCUGCUCAUUGAUUACGAGUUUUGGCUCUAUCCACAAUCAAUCUUUCUACAUAACAAAAUAUAAAUUUUUGGCAGAAGGAAAAGGUCUUCACAAAGCUACUGUUUUUCUAACAAGAGGAGUAUCUAGUUCUUUUAUUCUUCUAAUUUUUCUGCUGUUAUUUAUGUUCCAUAUGGAAGAUAAAUGUGUCUUUUAGUGAUUGCUGAAAUUGUACUGUAUCACCUUACAAUGAACUAUGAUGACUAAUUGUCUACAGUAUCUGUCAGAAUGUCAAAAUCAGUAUUUUCCUUUUUUUUUUCACUGAGUGAAAAACAUCUUUUCUAAAAUGAAUGUAUUCAAGAAUCAUGAGGUGAAUUAUGGAAUUUAGUCUUCUAGUACAACAAUUCAUGAGCUUCUCUGAAAUGCUAAUUGUGUAUUCCCAUAAUAUAGUGAUUGCAUCUGUUACGACAUAAGGUGAUUCAGUGGAAACAUCCAAUAUUUUUACUUCAUGGAAUCAAUAGCAAUUAAUCCUAUGGGAAUCAUGUUACAUUAUUACUGCAUGAAUGGGUUCUGUGAAUCCUAUUUAUUUAUGUAAAUUAUAUCCCACCUUUCUAUCUUAUCUGUGAAUUCCAACAGGGAGGGUCCAUAGCUUAGUUUGAAGCUUUGUGUUUGUCCUAAAAUGAUAUAUUUUUCAGUGUCCUAACCUGCCACUCCCAUUUUUUUCUUCCAUAAAAAUCCUAAUUUUACAUGCAGAAAAGCCACACAUAUUUGCAUCAAAAACUGGCAUAUAAAUAUGUACAAUUUAUUAUAGUUUGGAUUUUCUUGUAACACUGGGGCCUGCCUGCAUAUGUUUGCACUGUGAAAUUCUGGUUUAUGCAUGAUUGCUGACUUUUGUAUUUGGUGUCUGUCUGCAACAUAAGCCUUUCAGUGUUGUUGUUGUUUUAAAAAAGACAAAUGCAUCUUUUUUAUGGUGUUCUUUUUUGUGUGGAUCUCUAAAAAUAUAUGUACUU